AUGCACUUCGCCGUGCCUGCAGCGCUGAAAAAAGCAACUCGCCGCGCCUGCAGCGCGGAAGACGCACUUGGCCACGCCUCUCAGCUGGCAGUGCCGAGCCUCUCACCAGGCAGUGCCGAGCCUCUCAUGGCGCGCGAUCCGCCGCCUACCACGUGGCGCGCGAUCCGCCGCCUGGUGAUGCCGCUGCCUGGUGGGAGAGGUGCGCGUAAUUACUUCAAAUAUAAGGACGACGAUGACAAGUACGGGAACAACAACGAGGACGCGGAGGAGGAGGAGGAGGAGGAGGAGGAGGAGGAGGAGGAGGAGGAGGAGGAGGAGGAGGAGGAGGAGGAGGAGGAGGAGGAGGAGGAGGAGGAGGAGGAGGAUUCGGAGGAGGAGGAGCAGGAGCAGGAGCGGGACAUCACCAUCGAGCAGCAACAGAACAGGGGUGACAACGACCAGGAGGGCGACGACAACGAGGAGGAGGAGGACAAGGAGGAGGAGGAGGAGGAGGAGGAGGAGGAGGAGGAGGAGGAGGAGGAGGAGGAGGAGGAGGAGGAGGAGGAGGAGGAGGAGGAGGAAGACGACGAGGACCAGGACGAAGAGCAGGAGCAGGAGCAGGGGCAGGAGGAGGAGGAGGAGGAGGAGGAGGAGGAGGAGGAGGAGGAGGAGGAGGAGGAGGAGGAGGAGGAGGAGGAGGAGGAGGAGGAGGAGGAGGAGGAGGACAAGGAGCAGGAGGAGGAGGAGGAGGAGGAGGAGGAGGAGGAGGAGGAGGAGGAGGAGGAGGAGGAGGACAAGGAGGAGGACGAGGAGGAGGAGGAGGGCGACGAGAAAGAAGACGACAACGAUGAGGUGGAGGAAGACGAGGAGGAGGAGGAGAACGAGGAGGAGGAGGAAGACGAGGAGGAGGAGGAGGAGGAGGAGGAGGAGGAGGAGGAGGAGGAGGAGGAGGAGGAGGAGGAGGAGGAGGAGGAGGAGGAGGAGGAGGAGGAGGAGGAGGAGGAGGAGGAGGAGGAGGAGGAGGAGGAGGAGGAGGAGGAGGAGGAGGAGGAGGAGGAGGAGAACGAGGAGGACGAGGAGGAGGAGGAGAAGGAGGAGUGUGACAAGGAUGGUGAAGGUGACAACGACGAGGAGGAAGAGGGCAGGGAGGAGGAAGACGACGACGAGGAGGACCAGGACGAGGAGCUGGAGCAGGAGCAGGAGCAGGAGCAGGAGCAGGAGGAGAAGGAGGAAGAGGAGGAGGAAGAGGAGGAGGAGGAGGAGGAGGAGGAGGAGGAGGAGGAGGAGGAGGAGGAGGAGGAGGAGGAAAAGGAGGAGGAGGAGGAGGAGGAGGAAGAGGAGGAGGAGGACGAGGAUGAGGAGGAAGACGAGGAGGAGGAGGAGGAGGAGUAG